CUAACUCCAUUUCUUCAACACCAACCAUAAACCCUUCUUCUUCAUCUUAUUUUUCAUAUCAUAUAUUAUACACUUUAUAUUAUAUAUCACCAUACACACUUGUUUUUGCUCUUAAUAAUAACAUAAUGGGUGUUAUGCGCACAUGGGAGAGCAAGAGGGCGGAGCUGGAGGCCUUUCGCCGGAACCUGGUGGCUGCCGCCGCUGUUCACCGGCGGAAAGGCGACGAAGGUCGAAGAAAAAACACCCCUGUUAGUUCUUAUGAUGAUGAUGAUGAUGAUGAUGUGAACAUUAUGGUGUGUGUGACAAGUGGUGUUUCCUAUUUUGGGCUUGCUUUGGUCAACCAUCUUUUGCUAUUAGGUUUCUCUGUUCGAAUCAUCGUUGACAAUCCAGAGGACAUGGAGAAGGUGAAGGGUAUAAGAAAAGGAAAAAUGGAAGUAAUAAUGGCAAAGCUAACCGAUGUUGAUGGAUUGGAGAAAGCAUUUGAGGGAUGUCGUGGCGUCUUUCAUACCUCUGCAUUUACCGAUCCUGCUGGUCUCUCUGGAUACACAAAAUCCAUGGCAGAGAUUGAAGUGAAGGUGGCUGAGAAUGUUAUGGAAGCAUGUGGAAGAACAUCUUCAAUAAAAAGAUGUGUGUUCACAUCAUCACUGUCAGCUUGUGUGUGGCAAGACAAUGCACACCCAGACCUUACCCCUGUUAUCAAUCAUGCCUCAUGGAGCACUGAAUCACUCUGCAUAGACAAGAAGCUCUGGUAUGCAUUGGGCAAGAUGAGGGCAGAGAAAGUUGCUUGGAGAAUAGCUAAUGAAAGGGGUUUGAAGCUAACUACAAUUUGUCCAGCUCUAAUUACAGGUCCUGAAUUUUGUCAUAGGAAUUCAACAGCUACUAUUGCUUAUCUCAAAGGAGCCCAAGAAAUGUAUUCUCAUGGUUUGCUAGCAACGGUGGAAGUAACAACAUUGGCUGAAGCUCAUGCACGCGUAUUCAAGGCAAUGAAUAGCAAUGCUUCCGGUAGAUACAUUUGCUUUGAUCAUGUAAUUGAUACCUAUAAUGAAGCAGAGAAGCUUGCCAAGGAUAUCGGGAUGCCUAAGGACAAGAUAUGUGGGGAUGCAUCAAACAAUUCUAUACAUAGGUUUCAAUUAUCUAACGAGAAAUUAUGCACACUCAUGUCAAGAUCACUUAGGUGUUACAGUGAAUAUUAGAUGAAAUUUCAUGUCAUAGUUAUGUUAAAAUAUUGGUUUAUUUAUGGCGUGCCUUAGCUCAGGAGACUAGAAAAGAAAGUAGAUGAGGCACAUUUUUCCUUUUGUUCAGUAAUGUUUGUAUUUAUUUAUGAUUUAAUUAUAAUAUAUAGUUUUAUUUAAUUCUAUGUCAAACUAC